GAAGGUGCUAGUUCACUGGCAGGCUAGAUGCCGGUAACAUCAGUGACGUUCGUCUGUCACAGCUCAUUACAGUCACUAGUGCGCGCCAGUUUAAGUUCAAGGACCACAUUGUGUAAGACGCUUUGUUUUUUCUCAGCGUUACAGGUGAGGCUGUAAGCUCGCCCGCGUGGGCGCGCCGCCUACCGCUCAGUUAGAGUUCGGCACCGCCGCUGCUCGCACGAAACUCCGCCGCACAAAGCGCAACGAACGACUUCCAAAAUGGCCACCGGUCCGAAAAUAGUGCACAAGCAAUUCAAUUCGCCCAUGGGCCUGUACUCUCAACAAAAUAUCCAGGAAACGCUGAACAAGCAUAUGCAGAACCUUGACAACGGCACCGUGGGUAUUAACUUCCAAAAUCCUGGUACGGACAAACCGGCAAAUCUGGCAAACUCAGCAGUUCUGCGCAUGCUCGAAGAAGAAGAACGCAACCGCAAAGGUUUACCUAGUACACUAGACCCUACCCAAAUCGUGGCGAUUUUGGAGAACCUUGUUCGCACCCAGCGAAGAUUUGACCAAAUAUGGCCGCCGAAAAAGACGAAACUGACAAAUUAUUGGGAUGGCCAAAUCAACUCUGCUUCGUAUAUUUGUUCCAAUCUCAUGAAGGCUAAAGGUCAGAAGAAAGUAGUGUGGCCACCAACGCCUGAGACCAACGGAUAUCAUCAACCGCCACAGCAGAGUCCUGCAAACUUCAACAACGCCCAGCACUCUCCGUCCCAACCACAAUACUCCCCGCAACCCCAAAAUUACUUGCCGCAAUCACCGCUCCAACAACAACAAUACCAAGCUCCUCCAUCCCAAAACCAAUAUCCUCAAUAUAAUCAAGGAGUGCAGUCGGAGCCUUCCUACUGCGAAGGGAAACGCCAGGGAGCCACGGGGCUAAGUAAACUGAUCCCUGUAGGGCCGGGUGUCACCGCUUCCCCAGUAGACCCAUCUUACCGCCAGGGCCCGUUGUCGCCUAGUGCGCAGCCCUAUCGACAACAACAAAGUCGAUGGGCGCCGGUGCCGGCCCCCAUCUCCCCUCAGCCAACGUCGCAUAAUCCCCAGUUCAACCAGCAGCCUCAAUAUUCGCCCCAGGGUCAAUACUCCCCGCAGCCGCUAUACUCGGAGCCCGAGUACAAGCCGCCACAAAGGCAGUUCGAACCACCCCCGACCACCAUUACCCUCCGACCCCAACAGCCCAUUCACCAGCAACCAUCACCGGUCUUCGCAAGCCAGCCGGCUACAGCAUCGCUCCAGGGAGGCGUAAACAUGCGCGGUGAUCAAAAAUGGCCGCCGCAGUCGGUAAAGGAAGCAGUGGCUGCAGAAAACGAAGCCAGGAGGCAGUUAGCAAAAGGACCCGCUUGCAGGCCCCGCAAGGUACGCAAGGACUACACCGGUUUCUUCUCGCAGCACGCCCUUAAUCACAGUUACACAAGCUACCGUGUCCCACCUGGUACCCAACACUUUGAUGAUCAAUCUGGUCGAUCCUCUUACUAAAUAAAUAAAAUUAAUUGAAAUGUCUCUAAAAUAGUUGGCUAAAUGAAAAUCACAAUUACAUAAAACGCCACUGCCCAUUCUCCAUCUGAAGAAAUUAAUUAUUAGUUGGACGGUUCGUAAAAUCCGACUGUUUACAAGAACUAAGGAUUUCUUCCUUUAUUAUUGUAAUGUUCGGGAUUUUUUAUACAACCGUUAGAUAAAACUCGAUACUCAUCUUUAACACCGUUUUCAAUUCUAGUAUGGUUGUCCGCAAUUGGACUUCAAGUGGAAGUACUUGUAAAGACUUUGGCUUAUUAAAGUCUUUGUGCAUGUACUUGAUUGGAUAAUCACAAUCAGUACAUUACAUUUAGAUAUUAUUUAUUUAACAUUCAUGAAAUAGUUUGUAAGUGUAAUUAUUAAAAAAUACUUUUAAGUUUUGCACUUUUUAAAAUUAAAAUUAUGUUCAAGUCAUUAUUAGAUACAAAAAGUUUUACCUACUGCUUCUUUGCCAAUGUUGUGAAAGAAUUGCUUAAUCCUUUAUAAAGAUUUACAGAAUGCAUACACAUAAACGUGAAUUGUAAUUUUAUUUGCUUAGCUUAAAG